AUGCCCAAUGGCGCCGGGGGCGAGAUGAGGGCAAGACUGUUGCGGCUAUCGUGUGUUGGGGGUGUUUCGAGAAAUGUCCUCCCUCGUGGAAGCCGCGCUGCAGGUGACAGAAGUAGGGCUGGCGGUUUGAUUAAGCUUCUUUCAGGCGAAGUCUAUUUCCGAGCCGAGAUGAAGGCAGUGCUUCAUCAGCCGUGUGCUCUGCGUUCUGUGCUUCUGUGGGCACAGAGGAUUGAUGAGGUGAAGUCAGGAUUCGCUCCUGCUGGGGAUCAAUCUGCCGUGGAAAGACCGAGACGACGACAUCAAUUUCCACUCGCCAACAUCGUGCUUCGUUCUCCUUCCUUCAUGACCGGUAUCAUGAGGUGCCCUGAUCGAGGAACUGCCAGAUGGAUCCUCUACGAGAUCCACAUCUUUUCGCUCAAUAUGCGCCAUCGGAAGAAGACUCGGAAAGACGCUGCUGAAAGCGCCAUGGUCUGA